GACAAUAUAUUUGGAAAUCAGCUGUGCCGCUCGCGGUUUUACUUGGCCCACGCGUCUCUUGUUCCGGCCGCCGUAUCCUGACAUCCCGUAGUAACUGACAUCAACAAACAAAACAAUGAGUUUCCUGAAGCCUAAGACACACAUUGAGCAGGGCGACGUAGUCAUCCUCUAUCUAAGUGUGAAUUCCAUGCACGCAAUCGAAGCUGUACCCACAAUAGUAAACAAGAAGGGCGAAACCAUAGUGCAUAUCUUUCAAACACCCUACGGUUCACUUAAAGUUCAAAGUAUUAUUGGCGUGGAGUAUGGAAGUCGGGUGGAAUUGUCUAAGGGAUGGGCGCACGUGCUGCAGCCAAAUCCCGAACUGUGGACACAAACACUGCCUCAUCGUACACAAAUUAUUUAUACGCCUGAUAUAAGCAUGAUACUGCAUCAGUUGGAGGUGCGUCCCGGUGCUGUGGUUAUUGAAUCCGGCACCGGCUCCGGUUCCUUGUCUCACUAUUUUCUGCGCGCGCUAAAACCGACUGGACGCUUACACACAUUCGACUUUCACGAAGCUCGAGCGGAUCAGGCGCGCGACGAGUUCAAGCGACACGGACUCGCUGACUUUGUAACGGUCUACCACAGAGAUGUGUGCAAUUUGGGUUUCACCAGCGAACUCGAUGGUGUCGCAGAUGCAGUGUUUUUGGAUCUACCCGCACCGGAUUUGGCAGUGCCACAUGCAUUCAAGGCGUUGAAGUUGUCGGGCGGUCGCUUUUGUUCGUUUUCGCCCUGCAUUGAGCAGUCGCAGCGGUGUAUUAAUGUCUUAACCAAGUUGGGCUUCAAUGAGAUUUGUUCCAUGGAGGUGCUGCAGCAGGAGAGCGUGAUUAAAACCCGCACAUUGCCCGUCAUUGAUCUGGAGUUCCUCAAGGCGCCCAAAGAGGUCGAAGCAAACACAAACGAAGACAGUAAAACAAAGGAACCCAAGGAGCUGAAGAAGUAUUUAACUUCAAGUAAUCCCCAAGUGCUGCCCGGUCAUACGGGUUUUCUAACUUUUGCCACACUGCCUCCUAACAUACCCAAAGCAUAAGAGUAUGAUUUAUUUUUGAUAAAUAAAUUUAUAGUUUU